UAAAUAAUUUUGUAGCCUUUGAAUAUGCUGCCAUAAUACGUCAGUUUCUUUAUUAGAAGACUUGUGAAUAAAUGUCUUUAGAAAAAAUGUCUUCGGUGAUUAAACGUCUCUUGGAAAAAGCUCCAGCAACUAAACGAUAUUUAUCAAAAAAUCAACCCAUCCUAAAAGCCGAUGGUCUUUUAAAGCGGUUGCUAGAUAAAGUGGGAUUUCCGAAGCGCGACCUUUCGAAAAAACCAACAGCGAAAAAACCGCAAGGAGCACAAGAAAUGGCACAUCCACUCGAACACGCUACAGGUUUGGAAAAAAAGGAAAUGCUAGCUUUCCUAAGUGGCAAAUGUGAUCCUUAUCACACAGAUGUUAUUAAAAGGGGCAGUGGUACGGCCGAGAAUCCAACUUUAAUACCAUCGGCCUUUAAUGGGCGUAUAGUUGGUUGUAUUUGUAACGAUAACCGUUUCGUUAACUAUAUGUGGUUGGAAAAAGGCUGUCCGAAGCGUUGUGAAUGCGGCUAUUGGUUCAAACUUACGGAGGUCGAGGCAUUUUCAUAA